CAUAGCCUACAUUGACCAUAAUUCCUCACAAUAUUACAAAAAAGAGCAGGGGUGUAUUGAAGUAUAAGUAUUUUAAUACCGUUUCCUAGGGUGAAGAUGAAACUCAUAAUUCUGAAACUUUUGGACACGGUAUUAGUUUACUCUUUCAUUUUUUAUGGUAGGCUAUACUGUCUUAUCAUUUGUGAAAUUCCCAUCACAAGCAACCUACUCGACAAUAGGCAUUCGAAUCGCAGUUCAGUGGGGUCCGCACUGUCACACAGCCCAUUUCCCCCUUUAUCUCCAGCAACCGUGCUCAAGGAUUUUACAUUUCAGCCGCUCCGUCUAGCUUUCAGCUCGAAUUGGACAUCGGAACUAACUGAAGCAAGGUAACCUAACAGCUGACCUAACAAGAUUCGAAGAAGAGGAUUUGGGAGUACCAGAUUUCCAAAAUGCCUGUGGCAUCAGCCAACUCAGAGUCUGCCAUGCAGCAGGUUCUGGACACACUGAGUGACAGCACCAGCUCUACCAUGGCCAAUGACCUGGACCUCAUCUUCCUCAAGGGCAUCAUGGAGAGCCCCGUGUUCCCAUCUCCCAGCUACCCUCAGGCCCAUGAGAACCUGGAGGAGUCCAGGCUGGAGGCGGUGAGUGACAACAACAUGGAGCUGGUGCAGGACAUCCUGAAGGAGCUCACUCCCCUCACACACAGGAACAAGGCUGCAGACGAACUGGCAUGCAUACUGAAGGAGCCACACUUCCAGUCUCUCCUGCAAACCCAUGAUUCGGUGGCAUCCAAGACCUUUGAGACUCCUCCUCUCAGCCCCUGUUCCUUCAUGGACGCUGCCUUCAACACCCAGCCUGUAGCCCCAGACGCAGUCAGGAUGGUGGGCAUCCGCAAGGUGUCUGGAGAGCACCUGGGUGUGACGUUUCGGGUAGAGAGCGGAGAGCUGGUGAUCGCCCGCAUCCUCCACGGCGGGAUGAUCGACCAGCAGGGCCUUCUCCACGUGGGUGACAUUAUCAAGGAGGUGAACGCAAAAGAGGUGGGCAACGACCCCAAGGUGCUCCAGCAGAUGCUGAAAGAGGCCAGCGGCAGUGUGGUGCUCAAGAUCCUCCCCAGCUACCAGGAGCCUCACACCCCACGCCAGGCGUAUGUGAAGUGUCACUUUGACUAUGACCCGUCCCAUGACAACUUAAUCCCCUGUAAGGAGGCAGGCCUGGGCUUCAGCAGUGGAGACAUCCUGCAGCUCUUCAACCAGGAGGACCUCAACUGGUGGCAGGCAUGUCACCUAGUGGGGGGCAGUGCAGGCCUCAUUCCUAGCCAGCUACUGGAAGAGAAGAGGAAGGCUUUUGUCAAGAGAGAUCUGGAGCUGGUUACUGCAGGUCCUUUUUGUUCUGGAAUGGGUGGGAAGAAGAAAAAAAAGAUGAUGUAUCUGACAACCAAAAAUGCAGAGUUUGAUCGGCACGAGCUGAGGAUCUACGAGGAGGUGGCCAAAGUUUCCCCGUUUCGCCGGAAGACAUUGGUUCUGAUUGGAGCACAGGGAGUGGGCCGCCGUAGUCUAAAAAACAAACUGUUGGUGUCUGACCCCCUGCGCUACGGGACCACCAUCCCCUUUACUUCGAGGAAACCCAAGGUGGAUGAGAAGGAUGGACAGAUGUAUUCGUUCAUGACUCGCAGUGAGAUGGAUAUGGACAUUAAGAACGGACGCUUCCUGGAGCACGGCGAGUACGACGGGAACCUCUACGGCACGAAGAUCAACUCCAUCCAUGAGGUGGUGGAUGCUGGAAAGAUCUGCAUCCUGGAUGUCAACCCACAGGCACUUAAGGUUCUGCGGACAUCAGAGUUCCUUCCCUACGUGGUGUUUAUUGAGGCUCCAGAUUAUGAGGUCCUCAAAGCCAUGAAUAAGUCUGCCAAAGAAGCCGGAGUGAUGACUAAGCAGUUAACGGACUCUGAGCUGAAGACGACAUUGGAUGAGAGCGGGAAGAUCCAGCGUGCCUACGGACAUUACUUUGACCUGAACAUCAUCAACGACAGCCUGGAGGGGGCCUUCUGCGGCCUGAAGACGGCACUGGAGAGACUGAGCUCAGAGCAGCAGUGGGUUCCUGUCAGCUGGGUCUUCUAAAGGCCAAUCAGUCAGAGGUCAGAGCUAGAUGUCAGGAGGUCAGGAUAGGGGUCAAAGGUCUGAGGAGUUGGCAGGUAGAGUGGGACCAAUUAGGAGAGAGUAAAUUGUAAAGGAGUGGAGUUUCCCUCAGCAGCGUGUGACGCUAUACGAUGUGCAAGUUACAUCAAUUUUAGUUCCGUUUCCCUUGUUUUGUAGGCUAAGAAUGAGCUUCAAAUUUGCAUCGUCAAAGUCACGAAAACAUGGUCAUUUAAGAUAUAUAUUAAAUUGUAUACUCUACCAUAUGCUGGUUUUCAAUGUAUUUGAUGGCCAAGAAGAAGCAUGAAGCCGAAAAGUGAAAUCCGUUUCAUUAGAACUACAAAUCUUUCGACAGCUCGCCAGGUCUACACAUUUUUUUUUUUGCAUUUAAUUUUUUUUUUGCAUUUAAAAAAAGUACCGGCUGGCAAUGUUCAUAAAAAAACAAACAGUGUAAUUUAAUAUACAACACAUCAAUCAGCCUGUAAGUAACGGGUUCUUAUUGUGAGAGUUAGCUACUGCGUGAUCUACAAUGGCAGCCCACAGACGAACAUGGAAGACCCUGGAUAGAAAUGUGUUUUAAACGCUUAUUUGAUAGCGAGGGACACAUUCAACCCAACAUAUCAUAAGUUUUGUUCCUCGACAUUAUGGAUCUGCAUUUGUUGAUGGGAAAUGUUUUUUUUUUGGUGAAACCAAAUAGUUUAGGUUUGUUUGAUGAAGGGAUCCAGGAUACAGUUCUUUCCACAACUUGGCAUCAAUUAACAGUAAAGUAACAGUAAAGUUUUUUAUUUGUAUUUAAAUCUUAAUAUAAAUGCCUAUUUGCAGGACGAAACUGGUAAGUUCUCGGCUAGAGCAUGCAUGUUACGGCAUGCUGUCAAAGCAGCAGGAGAUGUAGUUCAAAUGAGACUUUUCUAACUUUCUGCAAUGUCUUACUUCUUGAGCGUCAAAUAUUUUUAGAAAAGGCAUUGAUAUGACUAAAACACGAAUAUGAAUAUGAUGUUAUAUCAUAUAUAUCUUAAAUGACCUUGUUUUCCUGAAUUUAAUGAUAUAGUCUUCAUUCCCAUUCAAAAGACCUGGGCCCAGUUUCCCAAUAGUGAUGUAACUUAGGCUUACGAGUGUUUAAACAUUUUUAUCAUUCCUACAACGGCCGAAUAUGUAACAUGCGUUUCCCAAAACACCACGCAGAGAGAAUGUUUGCUAAAUGCGUCGUUGGAGCAUGUGUCGAUACUGAUAGGGUCGAAAGACAGGCAGUGCUGCUCUCAGAUCAGCUUUAGAUAUUUCCACAUAUGGCAACAAAUAUUGAGGCUGCUUAUUCUAAAUGCUUAUCCAAUAAUAAUGCACAAAAUGUGUCACAUCAUUGCACAUGUUGCUAAACAUAAUGACAAAUAGUGAGGCCAAAAUUACAAAGAGUAGCUUAGCCUAAAAUGAGCAAAAUAUAACUGAUUGAACAUAAAAUGUAUUUCAAUAUGAUUGAAAUACUGUAUAUAGGCCUAUGUAGCCUAUAUUAUUUAUAUUUUAAUGCAGUCAUCUUAGUUUUCAUUUGAAGCAUUGUUUGUCAUUUGCUUGUUUGUAACAAUUGCAAAGACAUUGCCAACUUUGUAUUUGUAGUCAACUUCGUUCUGAAGUUAUCGGUGGUCACAGAGAGACAGAAAAACAUCUUAAUUCUAUGUUUAGCGGAGAUCUCUGUAUGCGUGUGUGGUUAAGAUAGCACCGACCGAGGGCGCCUCGCCUCGAGCUCUGAUAAAACAUUGCAGGUUUCUACUUUUUUUGUGGGUGUUUUCUGCUGUUUUUCUCAAAUUUUCAUAAUAAUUUUACUUCAUGCAUUACUACAUACACCCGGGUAGAACUAUUAGAAUAUGAAUCACUCGGUACUCACCAUCCACCCGACCUCCCUAGAGUAGGAAGCGAAGACGCCAAUGGAGAGGCAGACGUGGCGGGAUCUUAGUGAGAUUAAGACGCUGUGCGUCCCGUCCUCCAUUUCCGAGCAUAUUAUUCGCCAAUGUUCAGUCAUUAAAUGAACAAACUUGACGAACUCAGAGCGAGGAUCUCCUUCCAGAGGGACAUCCGAUCCUGCAACAUACUCUGGUUUUCUGAGAUUUGGCUUUCCUCCAACAUCCAAACGGAUUAUAUACAACCAGUGGGUUUUAGUAUAUUUCGAACGGCUCUCUCUGGCAAGAUCAAAGGUGUUGGGCUCUGCUUUAUGACCAACAACACAUGGUGCGAUGGAGGAAACGUACAUGAACUUGCGAGCUUCUGUUCCCCCUACUUGGAAUACUUGGUCAUCAAAUGUCACACUUUUUAGCUACGGAGAGGGUUAUCAGGGAUUAUCGCCAUGUCUGUGUACAUCCCAUCCCAAGCCAACACCAAAAAGGAUCUCAAAGAUCUUCAUUGGACCCUGAACAAACUGGAGAGCACAUUCCCGGAGGCAAUGUUCAUUGUUGCAGUGGACUUUAACAAAAGUAAUUUGAGAGAUGUGCACCGAAAUUAUUACCAACACAUCGACUGUCUAUUUUGUGGAAAUUCUACUCUUGACCACUGCUACACACCUUUCGACACGGGUAUAAGGCCCUCUCCCGUCCUCCUUUCGGCAAAUCCGACCAUGACUCCAUCUUGCUUCUCUCCGCUUACAAACAAAAACUCAAGAAGGAAGUUCCGGUGGACAGGUCUGUGCAGAGUUGGACCAAUCAGAAUUCACGCUCCAAGACUGUUUUGAUCACAUGGACUGGAAUAUGUUUUCAAAAUCAAUGAAUACGUUGACUCAGUCACCGGAUUCAUAAGAAAAUGCAUAGAUGACGUGAUACCAAUAGUGUCUUUCAAAACGUUCCUGAAUCAAAAACCGUGGAUUGAUAGCAGCCUUGUAGGAAAACUGAAAGAGAGCGAUGCUGCUUAUAAACAGGGCAAGGUUACCAGGGACAAUAGUUUGGUUGAACAGUACAAAUAAGACCUACUCAGAUCGAUCAAGAUGGCAAAACACAAGUAUAGGGACAAAGUGGAGGAGCAAUUCAGCAGGUCAGACACAAGGCAUGUGUGGCAGGUCAUCAAUGCCACCCUACCGGAGGUGCUAAACACCUUUUUCUCACGUUUUGAGUACAAUGACCCUGAGCUGCCCAGGAGAGCCCACGAUGACAACGUGGGCUACACACUCACAGUCUCCACUGAGGACGUAUGGCAGAUGGCAUCCCUAGCCGAGCCCUCAGAGCAUGUGCAGACCAGCUGGCUGUUGUGUUCUCUGACAUUGUCAAUCUCUCCCUAGCUCGGGCCGCUAUACCAACCUGCUUCAAGAUGUCCACUAUCAUCCCUGUGCCCAAGAAAGGGAAAGUAACUGAACUGAAUGACUACCGACCAGCAGCACUCACUUCCGUCAUCAUGAAGUGCUUCGAGAGGCUUGUCAUAGACCAUAUCACCUCCCUCCCCAACACACUCGACCCUCUCCAGUUCGCCUACCGCCCUGACAGAUUCACAGACAACGCAAUCGCCAUUGUACUGCACACUUCCCUUAUCCACCUUGACAAAAGCAAUGCACAUGUGAGGAUGCUGUUCAUCGACUACAGCUCGUUCAAUACCAUAGUGCCCUAUAAGCUCAUUACAAAGCUCACGGCCAUGGGUCUGAACUCCUCCGUAUGUAACUGGGUCCUGGACAUCCUGAUGAGCCUUCCAUCUCCCCCUGCCACUCCCCCAUGGACAUUUCCCCCCCGCUACAUCCCCUAUGGACAUUUCCUCCCCACAUCCCCUCAACGGUUAUUUACCUUACAUGCUUCUCCCUGUAUGGACAUUUUCCCCCAUACCCCCAACUGACUUUUACUCUGCCCCCACAUUCAUCACUGUUGCAGUUGUUAAUAUGUAUAUUAUUGAUUUAUAAAAGUUGUUUUAUUUAUUUUCUUUAACUUGGUCCCCACAUCCCCUAUGGUCAUUGCCCCACACCACAAAAUGGUUUAUAACAUUGUGUCAUUCUGAACUUUAUCCGCAAUGUCAUCUGUAAAGAUGCUAAAGACCUGCAUCACGAUACUAAGAGCUUUGCCGUUUGUAAAAAUACGUAUUUAGGUGGUUUUUUUUGUGUUCUUUGGACGUCCUGGAACUCAGAAAGUCAAUCGCUGCUAGUGUAAGUUUCUCAAAACCAAGUGAAAAUGCAAAAAAAGUGUCUGGACCCUUCUAUAGCAUGCCAUUUACAGUACAUCACAAAUUUACAGAUUAGGUUCCUAAAUAAUGAAAUUCUCCUUUAAGAUGCUUUUGGGAAACCGGGCCCAGGGACAUGGAUACAGACGUAUGACAUAGGAAGCAUCACUUUCAUGGGGUAUUGGUUGGAGGCCUGUUGUAAAGGGCCAAUUCAGAUGCUCCAGUGCAAGGGGUUUGCCUCAUGGUAGACUGUUGCACAAAUUAUAGUUCCUCCACAGACAUGAUGUCGAACUGUAAUUUCUGUAAAAAGAAGUAGCCUAAUUAAUAUAAAAAAUAUAUUAACAAAAUAUAUAUUGGUAUUUGUUGUGGAGGCGUUAGAGGUGUUUUGGGUAGCGUGUGAGUGAUACGAGUGACAGUAUAUUAUAUAGGUUGAAGUAGGCUUAUAUAUUUAGCAAAUACUGUGCUGGAGGUCUUGGAGUAUAAUGAACAUUGUUAUACUACCAGGAGUUCAUUGAACAUUUUUAUCCUUACGAAAUAUGUUUUAUUUAUUAAAGAAAAUUGGGGCCUUACCAAAUCUUACAAAAACUAUGUACUGCAAUGUUUACAUUCAGUGUUUCAUUUUAUGGCAGAUUUAAAGAAUACACAAAGGUACCAACUGUCACUAUUCUUUAUAUGAAAUUCUGUAUAUUUGGUCAUAUGAUCAUACAAUUGUAAAUAAUUGACAACUGUUGAUCUUACUGUACUUAUUCUUAUUAAUGUUCUUUGUUGAAAAAAAUAAGAUGGCAUAGCAAUACAUGAUCUGAGAUAAAUAUACACAAAUGCAUGCAUGAAUGCAUAGGCACACAUGCAAAGACAUUAACACAGCAAUCAACAAUGCAUCCUUCUGUUGAAUUUACCCUGUUGCAGCACAUGCUCUAUUUUCUUACUCCGAGAAUGGAAUGUUUUACUGUCAGCUUCCAUUUCUUUGUUCUUUGUUGCCAUGUUUUUAACAAAUAUGUAUUUUUUUUAAUUGGUUUAUUGUGUGAGAUGUUGGAAAUAGGUCUCCCGGUCUCCCGGUUGUGGCCGGCUGCGACAGAGCCUGGGCUCAAACCCAGAAUCUCUAGUGGCACAACUAGAACUGCAAUGCAGUUAGACCACUGCGCCACUCGGGAGGCCCCCAGAUGACGGCUUUUGACAAGAAACAUUUUUUCAAACACUUUUUCCCGGUUGGCCGAUCUACUAUAUUAUUAUUCUAUAAUUAUUUUAAGAGAUCUCUCUGUUGCCAGGUGAAGUUGGGCAGGUCAAAACAGUGAAUGUGCUCUUUUGAAUGAGAUUGUGUAACUCAGUGCUUUAGUGAUGCUACAUUUGUUCUUUUUUUUUGUAAAAAAGAGAGUCUUUUCUAAUUACAGAAACUAUUUUAGUCUUGUGUGAGGUCUGUUGAAAUGCUUUGGUAGAAACUCUGCAGAUAUAACAACAAAAAAAGAAAUGGGGCAGACUAACUUAAAGGGGGAAUUUGCAGAUCUAACAACACCAAAGCGAACACCCCGGCACUGUUUUGGUCAACAGCUGAAGGAGGGGGCUGAAGAAAUGUAACCACUCUCAAAUUCAUAGACAUAGCUAUGGAUGCAAGGACUGACCAUCCAUGAGAUAAAAAUAAUAGUUUUAAUCUAGCUCUAUAAAUAGUACACCAAAUUCAUCAUAUUUUAUACUUUUACAUUAGGAUAUUGUCUUUAAAAUAUGUAUAACCUCAUGUUAUUGCUCACAUACUGAUGUGAUGUGUAGUAUCCAGUACAUCCACAUCUGUGUAUUAAGUUAAUUAAUUUAAGUGUUUUCCCUUUGAUAGUGGUGCAGAUCACAAACAGAAUGAAACAGAAAAAUAAAGACUUACUUUAUUGAACCAAGUAACCAA